UACAGAUUGACAGUAUAUGCUCACACAGCUGCUUCACUGAGGAAUACAAACAUGUCAUGUGACCGAGGCAGCUCAUAAUGACGUAUUAAAAGGGUGCCUGCUGCAGACAUUUAAGACACAGCGUCGUUUCAAAGACAACAACAACAACAACAACAAUAACGACACCAGUCAGAAGUUAACAACCCGACCGAGCCCCGCGGAGUUGUAUUUAAUUUAUUUAUAAAUGGUGUUGGGCUCCCGUUGACAAGGCGUGGACGACAACAACACUACUAAACAGAAUCCCGUGUGCUGCCAUGGACAGUGUGGAGAUGGAAUCUGUCCAGAUUAAAGAGGAGUUCCCUGAACUUGAACUGGUCCCCAUUAGAGUGGAGUUCUCUGGGCUGGCUUCCCUCCCCAUUAAACAGGAGCUCUGUGAGAUGCAAUGUGACAGCAGUCAGUCAGAGGUCUCUGAGAUUAAAGCUGAACACAAUGAAUUGGAGAUCCCCCAGACAGAAGAACCCCUUCCUGUUAAACAAGAAGAGGUGCUGGAAACUGUCCGCAUUAAACAGGAGCCCCCUGAAGUAGAGUUUGAGCACAUGGAACCAGGGAAGGAAGAAUCCGAGGACUUCAAACCAAACAUCCCUGAGCUGGAGCCUGUACGCCUGCGGGAGUGUAGCGUGGUGCUGGAGAGAAUCUGCGUGAGAGAGCAAGGCGCUGGAGAGGAAGGCUCUCCCAACAGCACGCAAGGAGGUGGAAAGGAAGACGGACGCUCCCAUUCAGGAUGCAGUCUAGCAGGUUCCAGUCCAGCAGCUAAAGCGAGGGCGGGCAGUGGAGAAUAUCCUGACAGUGGGAAAGGUUUAACCCAGCUAGGGCAUUUAAAAAUACACCAACAAACUCACACAGGAAAGAAACAGUAUUGCUGCUCUGACUGUGGGAAGAGUUUCAGUUAUUCAGGACACCUGAAAACACACCAGCGAAUUCAUACAGGAGAGAAACCGUAUCGCUGCUCUGACUGUGGGAAGAGUUUCAGUGUGUUGCAAAACCUGAAAACACACCAGCGAAUUCACACUGGAGAGAAACUGUGUAUCUGCACUGACUGUGGGAAGAGUUUCAAUGUGUUACAAAACCUGAAAAGACACCAGAGAAUUCACACAGGAGAGAAACCGUAUCACUGCUCUGAUUGUGGGAAGAGUUUCAGUGUGUUACAAAACCUGAAAACACACCAGCGAAUUCAUGCAGGAGAUAAACCGUGUCACUGUUCUGACUGUGGGAUGAGUUUCAGUCAGUCAGCACACCUGAAAACACACCAGAGAAUUCACACAGGAGAGAAACCGUAUCUCUGCACUGACUGUGGGAAGAGUUUCAGUGUGUUACAAAACCUGAAAAGACACCAGCGAAUUCACACAGGACAUAAACCGUGUCACUGUUCUGACUGUGGGAAGUGUUUCAGUCAGUCAUCACACCUAAAAACACACCAGAGAAUUCACGCAGGAGAGAAACCGUAUCUGCUUUGACUGUGGGAAGAGUUUGUGUCACACACAAUCCCUGAAAGCACACCAGCACAUUCACACAGGAGAGAAACCCUAAGGACAAUGUUCAUUCAGAAAAAACAAUAACUUUGCAUUAUGAAUCCCUGUGUGAUUACUGUGUUGUGUAUCGCUCUUAAGAACAUACAUUUUAACCACCCAGCUGCCUAUUUAUUUUGGCAAUUCCCCCAAUGGCAGCAUUAUAUAAGUAUAAAUAUAUUCUCACAAGAGUGACAAAUUUGGACUUGCAUGCGCUCCACAUGGAAAUCGCGGCAUAAGCAGCUAGGUGGUUAAAUGGUAAAAAUGCUCUUCAUCUCUCUUGCACUCUGAUUGUGUCAGAAAGUGGGCGGAGACGCGGACGCGUCACAAGAGGCUUCUCUGCUGUCAGUUUAACUCAGGCUGUCAAUGCUGUCAGUGCCUGGGAGCGGGAAUAUGCAGAAAGGAAACUAUUCUGCACCUCAUCUGAUGGACGAGUCAGGAGAAAUUGAUAACUCAGUGUGGGGAAUGAGUUUCAGGGUUUAGCAUUUAAACUGCAUAGACUUGAAAAUAAAUACAUUGAUGGGAACGAGUAUCCCGACCCCGGUAUGUAGCAUCCCAGAGACAAGACUGCACCGUCCUUACUGGACAACCGCCUGGAGGGUUUGUCUUGUAAAUUCAUCAUGAUUCUAAAACUAAUAAAUGAUUAUGGCCUAUAAUGCACCUGGAUUCUGUGGGAGACAUUUGUAGUUGUAAUUGAAUGUACCAUACCAUGACAUUUCAAUUCUUAACCCUAUGAGACUUGAGAUGCUGUGAUGUUAAUGAAGUUUGUCUUUCCCCUUCCUCCCCCCAAAACAGCCUAAAACUACUUCAAAGGACUAGAUAUCAGUAACCUGCCAGUCUUGCCUAAACAAACAAAGCUGAUUCUUCUCUUUUAAUUAAGAAUGUCUGUGUGACAGAAGAAGGGGAGUUGGUGACCUGUGUAGCUGCGUAGAGUAGGUUACGUUAGCAUUCCAGAUUCAAGACUGACUCAAAACCUCAACAUAAUUAAAGAAAUUAAAAAAAAAGUAAAACGAAGAGCUAGAGACUGCGUUUUCCCUCGGUGGGAACCUGCCUGCAAAUCUAAAACAGUGUUUCAUUCGGUUUGUACCCUCUGCUACUUGGAUACCAAGACCAAAAUCGCACAGUGAGUGCUGAAGCUGCGCGGGAAUCGGAUCCACGCACUGUGCUGCUGAAGCUGUGCGGGAAUCGGAUCCACGCGCUGUGACUGCUGAAGCUGCGCAGGAAUCGGAUCCACGCGCUGUGACUGCUGAAGCUGCGCGGGAAUCGGAUCCACGCGCUGUGACUGCUGAAGCUGCGCGGGAAUCGGAUCCACGCGCUGUGACUGCUGAAGCUGCGUGGGAAUCGGAUCCACACGCUGUGACUGCUGAAGCUGCGCGGGAAUCGGAUCCACGCGCUGUGACUGCUGAAGCUGCGUGGGAAUCGGAUCCACACGCUGUGACUGCUGAAGCUGCGCGGGAAUCGGAUCCACGCGCUGUGACUGCUGAAGCUACGUGGGAAUCGGAUCCACGCACUGUGACUGCUGAAGCUGCGUGGGAAUCGGAUCCACGCGCUGUGACUGCUGAAGCUGCGCGGGAAUCGGAUCCACGCGCUGUGACUGCUGAAGCUGCACAGGAAUCGGAUCCACGCGCUGUGACUGCUGAAGCUGCGCGGGAAUCGGAUCCACGCGCUGUGACUGCUGAAGCUGCACGGGAAUCGGAUCCACGCGCUGUGACUGCUGAAGCUGCGCAGGAAUCGGAUCCACACG